CAAUUAUUCAUCUGCCCGCCGAUAUGUUAUGUCGGCAAAAAGGGAGCUUUUUCGCCAACAGUUAUCUCCUGAUUUGUUAGCCCACAGGAAGAAAAAUGAUGCUGGAGCCGUGAGUCCAACACCCAAAGAAAUGGACGAAGAUUCUGAUUACGUUGGCUUUUCCAAUUUGACAAAUGAGAUUUAUCGGCUGUCGGUCAGACGAGGAUUUCACUUCACUUUAAUGCUUGUCGGAGAAGCGGGAUUGGGAAAAUCUACAUUCCUGAACAAUCUCUUCCUCUCCAAUAUUUACUCCGACGAAUAUCCGAGUCCUUCCGAAAGAAUCAAACCAACAGUGCAGAUCGAGACGACGAAGCUGCAGCUGGAAGAAAAUGGCGUCAAGUUAAAUCUAACGGUGGUGGAUGUACCCGGAUUCGGGGAUUCUUUAAACAAUACUGGAUGUUGGCGUCCAAUAACUAAUUUCAUCAAUGAGAGAUUCGACCAAUAUUUAGAAGAUGAAUCGCGCGUGAAUCGUGAUGUUAUUGUGCCAGACAAUCGGGNAAAUAGCACACAAACACCAAAAAAACAGUUACAAAAUACUAAACUUUACUAUUAUUAA